AUGGUUGAGGUACUUGAUGGUUAUGUUUCCCGCGCUGUGGCAAAUUCUGUCGAAGGACGGGAAGGAUUGUGGAAUCGAGAUUAUAGUUCACACAAUGCGUAUACCGAAUCUGUCGAACCAAACCGCGCCCGUCUUCAAAAGCGGAUCGGUUGCCUCGAUCCACGGCUGCCAAUUGAGGAACUCACCUAUAUUGCCACGACAAAAACCGCCGCCCGUCUCACAGAAGAUGAGAAUUACACGGUAUCCCGCGUUCGAUGGCAGGUUUUCGAGGAGGUAGAGGGCGAAGGACUUUUGUUGGAACCGAAGCAGAAUGUCCCAAUUACUGCACAGAUUGUUGCCCUACCCGAUGCCGAUUGGACACCAGAGACGAUAGCGGGGAUAACAGAUGAAUUGCCAGCGAAUAUCCAGUUUGCGAGACGUUUGGCGAAGGCAGGAUGUCGUGUCGUCGUCCCACUUCUGAUUAACCGAGACGAUACCUAUUCAGGAAACCCGACCCUCGGCGCGAUGACGAAUCAACCGCACCGCGAAUUUAUCUAUCGGAUGGCGUUUGAACUCGGAAGAAAUAUCAUCGGGUAUGAAGUUCAGAAGGUGUUGUCGUUAGUGGACUGGAUGUCUCAAUCCGAUGCCCCAAUUGGUGUAAUUGGGUACGGCGAAGGUGGUUUGAUUGCGCUCUACAGUGCGGCAGUCGAUACGCGGAUUCAGGCGACGGCUGUCAGUGGAUAUUUCCAAUCUCGGCAGGAGGUCUGGCGAGAACCCAUCUAUCGAAAUGUGUGGGGACUGCUACACGAAUUUGGCGAUGCUGAAAUUGCGAGUCUUAUUGCGCCGCGUCCGUUGGUUGUCGAAACAAGCCGAGGACCUGAAGUCGCCGGUCCGCCAUCCGUUCGCGAUGGACGGGGUGGUGCUGCGCCGGGACAGUUGGUAUCACCACCGAUCCAUGCAGUAGAGUCGGAGUUUGAACGCGCUCACGGUUUUUAUCAAAUGCUUGACAGCGGCGAUGCCUUGCGUCUCGUUUCUCCUGUAGAUGGAUUACCGGGUUCUGAGGAAGCGUUAACUGCUUUGCUUACUGGACUCGGUGUUGAAAACGCACGUAUUGACAGCCACUAUCUCCUCUCCUCAAGCACGGUUGACGAUUUUGAUUACGAGGCACGUCAGCAGCGACAGUUUAUGCAGCUGGUGAAUCUAUCCCAACGCUUUUUGAGAGAAGCCGCAUCGCGACGGCAGCAGUUCUUCUGGGAUAAAACUGAUACCUCUUCGCUCACGCGAUGGGAGGAAACGUGUACGGAUGCCAAAGCCUAUUUCUGGGACGAGGUUAUCGGUAGGUGUCCACCACCCGAUGUUCCCGCCAACCCAAGGACGCGGCUCAUCUACGAUGAACCCCUCUGGAAAGGCUACGAAGUCGUUCUUGAUGUUUGGAAGGACGUUUUCGCUUACGGUAUCUUGCUUCUUCCGAACGAUCUCCAGCCGGGUGAAGAGCGUCCCGUUGUCGUUUGUCAGCACGGCUUAGAGGGACGACCGCAGGAUACCGCUGACCCAAGAAUAGAAUCUGUCUAUCACUCCUACGCCGCACAGUUAGCGGAUAGAGGGUUCGUCGUCUACGCGCCACAGAAUCCGUAUAUCGGUGUAGAUGCCUUCCGCGUCCUUCAACGCAAGGCGAAUCCGGUAAAAUGGUCGCUCUUUUCCUUGAUCGUCCGCCAACAUGAGCGAACACUUGAUUGGCUCGCGGAACAGUCCUUUGUUGAUGCGGAUCGGAUUGGAUUUUACGGGUUAUCUUACGGUGGCAAAACGGCGAUGCGCGUCCCUGCCCUGCUUGAACGCUACGCCUGCUCAAUCUGUUCCGCUGAUUUCAACGAGUGGAUCGUCAAAAAUGCGACCUAUUAUUCUCGGUACAGUUAUAUGUUCACGGGUGAAUAUGAGAUGCCCGAGUUCGAUUUAGGGAAUACCUUCAACUACGGUGAGAUGGCAGGAUUGAUCGCACCGCGCCCCUUCAUGGUGGAACGUGGACAUGAAGACGGUGUUGCUCCGGAUGAAUGGGUCGCACACGAAUUCGCUGUCGUUCGACGGCUUUUCGUUCAACUGGGUAUCGCUGAUAGAACGGAGAUCGAAUUCUUUGACGGUGGACAUCAAAUUAAUUCCGCUGGGACGUUCCGGUUCCUACAUCGCCACUUAAAUUGGCCCGAACCCCAGUAG